UCAGUGGAAGAGCGAUUUGGUGACGCGGGCGAUCUCGUCGCCCGCAGCCGCCAAGUGAGCGCCCGCCAUCCUCAUCCCCCGAAUCGCCCCCCGCCCCAGCUCCACGCAGCAGCAGGCUUCCUUGGGCGGCGCCCACGUGACCAUCCACAGCCUGCCGUCGCGCUCCCAGUGGGCGAUGUCCCACUGGGUGAGGGCACUGGCAUACCAGCCGUUGUCGCCCUCACCCCAGGUGGACACCGGCACCACCAGGAUCUUCUUGCUGCUAGGGCAGGCCGUGGUGGGAGUGGCUGCCGCUUUCUGCAUGACAGCGGAUUGCCCAGACAGCACAGCACAGCAGAACGUCAAGUGUUGUUUAUGUAGGUAGAUAGGUCUGUAGAUGUACCUGGCGGCUGUACGACUCAACGUCGUAGUUCAUGUUCUUCAUGUCCUUCCCCUCCUGGGUGCCCCGCACGGACUCCAGGAAGGCCUUGCACUCCUGCAGGCAGUGAGCAGACAAAAAUUGUUGGUUGAUGCUCGUGCUGGCCCGCGCUGUGCGGUGUGCCUCCCGUCCCUUGCUCACUGCCGGGUGCUCGCGCCUCAGGCGCUGGUACUUGAGCACGUAGGCCUCCCUGGAGUCCUUGUACACGUCGGGCACCUCGAUGCCCCUACUCAUCAGGGUCUGCCUGAGGGCAGCAGCAGCGGGCGUCCGGAUUGGCGGCAUCCUCUCUUCCCUCUCUCUCUCUCUCUUUCUUU